UUUAAGGAAAUAAAUUCAGAUUUCGGGGAAGGUCUUAAUAACAAAAUGUCUACUGCAGCAGUUGUUUCUUUGUGCAUCCUUUUAUGUUAUCUUGGAUUUGUAAGAACUGAUACAGAGACAGACGGUUAUUCUGGUGAAGUUAAAGCUUUGUUUAAAGAUCUAACCGCAUACAAGAGCAUUAUAGAAAAGGCAAAGACAAAAAUCAGUACAUCAGAAGGGACAUGGGACAGGAAAUACGCAAUUGGUGUUAUCAACUUGUACACACAACAGAGUUCGUUUUACUCAACACUGAACUACGAAAUGCGAAACAUGUACCCAGACAAUACAACUGAUAUAUGGAAACGAGCUGGUGACCUUAUUAACAGGGGCCUAGAUAUUCUUGGACCAACGAUUCAUAGUUUACUCUACAGGGGAUGUCGAAAGAUAAGUACAAGUCCAGUUGUUGGGGAAGAUUUCCUCUUUAAUCAAAUUACUAGUACAAGUACUUCAAAAUCAACCGCUGAGGCAUUUACUACAUGCAAAAAUGGUAACCUUUUUCGGAUAUCCAAUGUUUAUGGCGUGCCCGUUUCAAGCUAUUCAUAUUUCCAGUUCGAAGCAGAAGUGAUAAUCAAAUCUUGCAACAUCUUUAAAGUAGAUAAAGGUCCAAUAAAAGAAAAGGGCUACAAUCUUUAUUAUCUGGAUGGUCAAGCCGAUGUAAACGGCAUCGACAAAAAAUGUUCAUGGGAUGAAAACGGCAUUGACGGAAAACGCACAUGGGAUGAAAACGGUGCCGACAUAAAUCACACAAUGGAUGAAAACGGUAUCGACAGAGAACGUACAUGGGCUGAAAACAAUGCUGAAAGACCAGGGGCAGGAAUCAUUCCGAACUAUGUAGCUUCUAUGUUGCUGAGUCUGAGUAUUGUGCUUUGCCACUAGACAAUUAUGGAAAACAUUAUUAUAUCGCUAAAAUAAACAACUAUGCACGCCAUUUUUUCUAGAAUCAUUAUGAAACUUAAACUCAUUUGAAAUAGAAACUUGAAUGAUGUCACCGUGCUCUUAUAAACAAUAUACAACCAUAACCAUGUUACAUAAAUACACAUAGACACAUUGACUUUACAAUAGAGUAAAAUUCAUUAUUAUAGUAUGAUAAUUAAGAACGAAAGUACAUCAUUUUUAAAAAUAUUUAUUCCAAAUAAAUGUGCAUUUAUAUUUGUAAACAUAUAACGUUUGAAUGGGUAGAAUUAGAACCAAAGACAGCGUCUUCUAGAACCCUUCUCUUUUUGUUUGACAUAUUUUGCAUUAUUUUAUUUGUAUUGGCCAGAGCUUUUGAGUUUUAGGACUUACGGAAUAUUUAUAGUUAAGGAGGAAACAAAUGAAAAUGGCAAAAACACUUAAAAAUUCAUGACUCAAACUGAAUCGACAUCUACAGAGGAAAGAUGGAAAGGCAGAUAAAAAGAAAGGAAAAGCAAUAUCUCACUUCAAGUGGAAUGGAUAUGUUUGGAUAAUUGGAUAAAACCCUUGCGUCUGAUAUAUAAGAUUGUACUUAUGUAAAAUUAAGGUAUUAUCUUGAUCUGUAAUUGUUGGUUUACCAAAAAAAAAGGUGUGUCCUGGAAUAUGUUAGAAGUUUUGAAGACUGUUAAGCAGAAUCAUAAGAAUAUUAUAAUAGAACAUUAAAGCUUUCUCAAUUUCACCACAACCGCACAAAGGUGUAGAGGGUAUGUUUUUUCGGAAACAGAUGACAGUUGAUAGAACUACAUUUUGUACGAAGAAGUGCAUGACGGAAUAAAUGUAUAGGUCCUUG